CUGUAUAUUGUGAAAAACAUAUUUGUAACUACCUGAAUUUCUGGUUUGAUUUUAGGUACAAGUAGUUACCAAUUUUAUCAGGCAUGCUACACCAGGAGAGUUCAAUGAAGUUUUUAAUGAUGUACGUCUUCUAAUGAAUAAUGACACUCUUCUCAAGGAAGCAACAGUAAAAGCCUUUGCCCAGUAUAAUUUGGAGCAGCUCACUCCUGUGAAGAUAGAAGGCUACGAGGACCAGGUCCUGAUUACAGAACAUGGUGAUUUGGGUAAUGGAAGAUUCCUAGACCCAAAGAACCAAGUCUCCUUCAAAUUUGAUCAUGUGAGGAAAGAAAGCAGUGAUAUUCAACCCACGACAGGCGAGACUGCGAUAGAACCGUGGCGGAGUGCCUGUGAUAACGCACUGCGAGCCUACAUUAAAAACCACUAUCCCUGUGGCAUCUGCACAAUAUAUGGUAAGACAAUUAAUGGCCAGCAAACUAUUAUAGCUUGCAUCGAAAAUCAUCAGUUUCAGCCAAAUAAUUUUUGGAAUGGACGUUGGAGAUCAGAAUGGAAAUUCACUAUUAACCCACCAUCAGUUCAGCUCACUGGAGUUCUGAAGAUUCAGGUUCAUUAUUAUGAAGAUGGCAAUGUUCAGUUGAUGAGCCACAAGGACAUCCAAGAAUCCUUGCAAAUCUCAAACGAGACCCAAACUGCAAAGGAAUUUGUGAAACUGAUUGAAGCGGCUGAGUGUGAUUACCAGACUGCAAUCUGUGAAAAUUACAAUGCCAUGUCUGACACCACCUUCAAAGCCUUACGCAGGAGCUUGCCAGUAACCCGCACGAAAGUCGACUGGAACAAGAUCAUGAGCUACAGGAUUGGCCAAGAGAUGCAGAAUGCUUAAAACAAACAUGUAAAAGAGGCUUAAUGUCAAUGUGCAGAAAAAACGCGCAAGGUGUGGUCUCAUGAAAUUUGAGGAUUUCCAGUUAACCUCUCUUGCUCCUGCUCUGCCUCCACCCUCCUUUUCCUAACCUCAGAAACCUUGACCAUGUUAUUCAGUGGAACUAGACCGACAAGUUACAGCCAAAUGGCUAUAUGUAAGAUAUCAGUCAGUUAAUUUGUAUGUCUUUCAGAAAGCAAAGAAAUUGAUCUGGGGCUGAAUGAACAAUCAAUGUGGAAGUUCGGUGUUGCUUUUAUGAAGUCUGUGGAUAUUUUGAUGUGUUAGGUCAAGUUCUACUUAUUUCUCCCCCUCUGGGUUUGUAGCUUGAAAUGCAGCUGCUGUUUCGAAGUGCGGCUGGCAGAACAGUCAAUAUCUUGAAAACAUAUAAUAGCUAUGCUCAGCAACUGAGUAAGAAUUAGGAUUCAUUUUGAAGUUAAAGGUUUUUGAAAGCGCCGCUGAUAAUUCUCAGAGCACUGCAGCUUUUUAAUUUCAACUCAGACUUGCUCCGCACCCGCUUGUAUUUCUUUACUCCCCUUUGUUUUUAACCUUUUGUGAGGCCACACCUCAUUCUGUCACCAACAAGGCAGGAUGGUGCAGUGUUCAAGCGCCUUUUUAAAAACAAAAUUUCAGAAAUCAGCCAAGGUGGCUCUGCUUAAAGGUACUGCUUGUCUGAAGAAAGCUUGAAGCAACAGCAUUUGGUGUCAUUCCUCUCUUCUGCUCUACUUCCUCAUCUAAUCGCUUAAAACAAUCUCCAUCAUUUGUCUCUUUAAUCAUUAUAUUGUACAUUCUUUUUUUAAUCAAUUGAAGGUUCCAUGAUGUAAACCGUGUCGUGUAAGACAUUUAAAGUGAAAUGUGCUUUUUCUGUAUAUUGGCUAACUGGAGUUGCAUUCAGCAAGGAGCUGGAAAUUCAGACUGGAACAUUGCUCUGGUUAGACGGAUUAGAGAGGCAGAGGAGUGGAAAAUUGGACAAUUCAACAUUCUGAUCUUCCUCUCACACUUGUUUUACCUCAUUUUUUGAUACACAAUAACUUAAACCAAUGCUGAAAAUGCACCAGCAGAGAGGGAUAAUAGCUUGCUCGUUUAGGCAGGAAUGGUUCAAAUGCAGUAACUGAAGGAGCAAACCUUACUGACCAGUUGAAGGAGGAAACCAACAGGAUGAUAACGCAAUCAAAGUAUAGAGGCCAACUUCUUCAGUCCUUCAGACCACUUGCCUCAGUCCAUUAUAACACUUUAAAGCUUCAUUUAUAAGGUGCUGGUAGUGAAAUGCAACAUGCGAUGAAGCAAGUUCUGCUGCAUUCCUGAAAACUACUGAUGAGGGAGAGAGAGAGACACACACACACCAGCAGUAAAGCACUGACUGGUAUCAGGAAGUGGAGAGUUUGAGUGUUCAGGCUGGUGCAAAGUUAAGUUCCAGGUCUUCCAUCCAUUGGCCAUUUGCGUUACAUUUCUAUCAUCAGUAUAUGGAUACCUGGAUGGGAAGGAGAAUACAAAAUUGACACUUAAGGAAGGUUACUGCAACAUAAACUAGUUAUUUGGUGUUCAUUUUAACUUGCGCAGGAACAAAUGUAAAGCAAUGUCAAUGUGACAAGUGGCAGGCUAGUAUUAUCUGCACCAAUAUUUUUACAGAGUUUUAUGCUGGUAAGAUUUUUUUUUAAUGAAAAAACUGUUAUAUAACUCCCUUUCUCUUAAUCUCCAAAAAAGGCUUUGCUUUUUAUCUUAAAAUGGAUUGUUUUGUACUGUAUUUUGCUUUUAUUAAAUUUAAAAUGCAAUUUUUUAGUCGUACACUGCCAGUGGAAUUUCAAAAUCGACAGAGGCUAUUUCGUAAUCCAAAUGGUGUAGCGGGCAUCAGAUAAAACAGUGGUGGUGAGCUUGAAGAUUACUCAAUAGAUCUCCAAAAUGAAAUUGUAAUCAGCAAAAUCUCUGCUUGACGGGUAAUUGCAGUCGCAAAAAAAAGUGGAGCGAUUUUUUAAAAAUUGAUUUUGAAUCAAGUAAAGUUACUUACAUUCGU